CGCUGUACAUAAUAUCAUUAAAAUAUGUUCAUUAAUGAAAAAGUUAUUUCUGAAACCUUAUUCUGAAUAACUACACAUGCUUAUAAUGGAUAAUAAAAAUUUAUCCGAUAUUUUAUGUUCGGUGGAUAACGGAAUACUAAACAUUAGAUUAAAUCGACCAAAAAAAAAAAAUGCUAUUACUAUUUCUAUGUACAAAGAUUUAAUAAAAAUUCUACGUGAAUCUAUUCAAGAUAGUACCAUAUAUAUAGUCAUCUUAAGUGGUAAUGGAAGUUUUUUCAGUAGUGGCAAUGAUUUUAAAUCUUCAUUAACAAGUCAAGAUGAAGAUAAUUUUGAUAUCAAAAGUAUAAUUAAUGUCUUGAAAGAAUUUGUAGAAAUGUUAAUUAGAUAUCCUAAACUUUUAAUAGCUAUUGUAAAUGGUCCUGCAAUCGGAAUAGCAGUAACAAUGCUUCCAUUAUUUGACAUUGUAUAUGCAGCAGAUACUGCUUAUUUUGAAACACCAUUUACAAGAUUAGGCCUUAGUGCAGAAGGAUGUUCUACAUAUACAUUUCCUAAUAUAUUUGGGAAGUCUAAGGCUAGUGAAAUGUUAUAUUUAGGAUAUAAAAUGAGUGCACUUGAAGCUAAACACUAUGGUUUCGUUAAUGAAGUAUACAAAUAUCAAAAUUUAGAUGAAGUUUGGACAUAUUUAAAAAAGUUGACUAAACUUUCAUUAGAGUCUAUAUUGGCAAUUAAAUGUUUAAUUAACAGAUGGCAUCAGGACAUUUUAUUGGAAGUUAAUGAAGCAGAAAUGACUAAACUUAUAAAGCUUUUACAAUCUCCUGAAUGCAUAGAAAGAUUAAUAAGUGUUACAUUACAUAAAAGCAAACUUUAAAUAUUUAAUUUUACAUUUACCUAUUUCAUGAUAUGAAGUAUAAAUAUUUGUUUUAUCAUUUCAAUCUGUUUUAUUUACUACAGAAUUUUUUAAUAUAAAAGUUAUAUUGUCAGAUACUUCUGAUAGCAUAAUUUCCUACAAAAUAUUUAAAAAUAAUUAUUAAUUUAAUGUCUAGUUUUAAUAUUUAGUAUUAAAUUAUUCUUACUUGAAUUAUUUUAUCCGAAAUUGGUUGUUGGUAAUGUUCCCAUUUCAAAAGCUGGUUUAUGGUGAAAUUUGAUUUUAAAGUUUUAUCUCCUAGAAAUUGAUAACCUGUAGCACCUUUUUGAUGUAAUUUUUCUGAUGUUUCCUCUGAUUUUUUAUAGCCAUUGCAAGAACACUUCAUUAAAUCAUGCGUUAAACAAUUCGUAUUUACUGUUAAUGUAAAUAAAUCCUACAGAUAUUACAAAUAUUAUAAAUUAUUUGAUACUGCUUCAAUGUUUAAAAUACAUAAAUAAAAUA